CGUAGCAUGCGCUCCAGCAGGUAUAUCUCACUGGUCACCAUAACAACACCCACCCGUAGCAUGCACUCCAGCAGGUAUAUUUCACUGGUCACCAUAACAACACCCACCCGUAGCACACGCUCCAGCAGGUAUAUCUCACUGGUCACCAUAACAACACCCACCCGUAGCACGCGCUCCAGCAGGUAUAUCUCACUGGUCACCAUAACAACACCCACCCGUAGCACGCGCUCCAGCAGGUAUAUCUCACUGGUCACCAUAACAACACCCACCCGUAGCACGCGCUCCAGCAGGUAUAUCUCACUGGUCACCAUAACAACACCCACCCGUAGCACACGCUCCAGCAGGUAUAUCUCACUGGUCACCAUAACAACACCCACCCGUA